AGAAGGAUAGCAGAUAAACUCAGCUAGGGAUUCCACGAGUUUUCCAUCAAAGCAUUCAGAUCCUCACACUUCCUCUUCUCCAGUUAAAAAAAAAGACACUUCCUCUUCUCCGGCGAUGAAGAGGCGAUUCUCCUCAGCAUCUUCUCAUCUGGCGACGAAGAGGCGACGCCGGGGCGCUCCUGCUCCGUCGCGACCCCCACGCCCUUCUGACCUAUAUCGGAUGCGUGAAUACAUGCUGCUUCUCUGUUCGAGACACCCUCUGGCCUUGCAGUCUUCCGUUUUUGUGGGUCACUCAUUAACCCACCUAAAUCUCUGGAGGACAUAUGGCUUAAUUUCACUGACAGUUACACGGCAAAAUGGGUUGUUUUGCUGAUGGAGUUCCAAACUUUUGAGGACAAGUCCAGUGCCAUUAAUCAGAACACUGGUGUCAGUGAAAGGCUUGCUGAGAUGAUCAGGGUGUGGCUCCCUGGGAAGAAAAUGGCAGUCGGAAAUCCUGAAUAUAAGGAAAUCAUUGAAGAGAGAUUGGAAAUAGAAUGCCUGUAUAAUGAACGGGUGAUGGAGGUAAUGUGGGGCAUACAGAAUUGCAUGCCAGGUUUGAUACCUAUAGAAAAAUCACAGCUGGCUAAAGAGGACCGCCUCCCGAGUAAGGGAUUGCAAGAAUUCUUGAAGCGUUAUGGCUGCAAUGUCAAACCAGAGAUGGUCAAUGAACAAAUUGUCGCGACGGCUUCCGCAUUGUCUGCGUGUGAUUAUGUUGAGAAGAAAUAUUCUCUAGUCUUGCGCGAAGCAGGUGCUGUCAUUAAGGAUGUGUCUGGCAUCAGCUGUGAGGGUUGGAGCUUACUGGACAUUGCAACAGCUCUGAAGAUGAUAUGGAAGCCUAAAAAAGUUGGCAAUUCUUCUCUGGUUUCAAAAGAUGAGGCACUAAGAUUGGUGAACGAUGCAUCUAAAUAUGAAGCUCUGGUGAAUAAGUAUCCUUUUUUUCGAGCCUACAAAGAAAUGUUGAAAGCUCAUGAUGAUAGGAUCUCGAAAGAAGAACUACUGAAAUCAUUGGUUGAGGGCCUGAAGAAACCAUAAGGCUCACAGCUAGCUGAAACUGCUGGUCCUUGGUCUGAAGGGAGUUUUUGGCAUGUUGGUUCACCGGGUAUUAUUGAACAUAAGCUGAUCUUGGUUGACUUUAUUGCAGUCUCAGUCUGAGAUGGUCCGUACGAAAAAGUGUAGUGCUAAUUAAAUUUGAGCAACCCUGCUUAAUUGUCUACCAAGUAUUUUGCUAUCUUAAUUUGAACUUAUUGUUUUUAUCUGGUCAUAUGGAAUGUCAGAUCGGUUACGCCUAAGUAUGUGUUUUGUGAAGGAGUAGCCGGGUGCAUGCGCAGCGUUACACCUCGUAGGUGAUGUGUAUGUAUCCAGUGUAAAAUGCAAAUAUAUCCUGUCUCAUGUUGUGUAAUAUUUCACCUGCAAUAUUGCACAAUGUGCUUGGAUUUCAGUCAUGGGAAAGAU